CGAAAUUAUACAGUAGAGGUAGGUAAGGUGGUGUACCUCUAGGUGAUUGGAACUGCCGUUCAAUGGGCAGAGGCCUCAGAGGUAGCCCCACCCUCGGCUGACCCGUCACUCCCGCCCCCCGGCGCCAGCAGCAACUUCAGUUGCAUAACUUGCAUCCAUCAAGUUAAUCACAGCUCACGGUGACAGUGGCAUUGUUGGGGAGAACACAUCGCCUGCUCAUUGUUCGUUGACGAUAACACCAGCCAUAGCCUGAAGCAAGAUCGCAAACCACCAAUCUCACAGCCAUGGACUACGUCGAGAACAGAAUGGCUCAAGAAGCCGCCAAGCAAACCGGCAAUGCCGAGUCCUUUGUCACCCCCCUCAACCUCGUCCUCCUCGGCAUGCUUCUCUACACAGCGUACAGCUGGCUGAGGCCUCAUACCCCGGCCACCAUUCCCAAGGAAGAGCCCGCCGUCGUGUUCAAAACGUUCACCCCGAGGACGCUGCUGCCGUACAACGGCGAGAAAGACAUGCCCGUCUACCUGGCCGUGCGUGGUCGCGUCUUCGAUGUCACUCGCGGCCGCAACUUCUACGGACCCGGUGGUCCCUACGCUAACUUUGCCGGUCGCGAUGCCUCCCGCGGUCUUGCCUGCGGUAGCUUUGACGAGGAGAUGCUUACCAAGGACCUUGACGGCCCGCUCGACACUCUGAGCGAUCUCGACAAGGAUCAACUGGAAGCGCUCCAGGGCUGGGAGGAAAGGUUCCUUGAGAAGUACCUUGUCGUGGGCAAGCUGGUGGCUGUUGGCGACGAGGACAAGGCUGAAUAGACUGCUCGAGCGUGCGAGCAUGACGAGAAACGAAAACAACCACAGGACGGAAUGGACAGCAUGGGCAAAAUCGUUCACCGCGGGGUACGGAUCGCUCCGGUAUUCCAGAGUAUCACUCUAUAACAUGUUGGACGAUAUGCCCACAGGAUACUCUCGAAGACAGAGGCGCAUGAUUCGGUACUUGAUAUGACGGCGAGUGUUGGUUACUUAAGAAUGGCGUACCAACAACCGAUUCCAAGGGUGGCAUGGGAGUCAAUGACCUUGAACAAUCUUAAGUCUGGCAUAUUCGGUAAAUACGCUUUGGGGUCAUGAAGGAUGCGAGUAUUUCUUGCGCUUGAAUAUUCUUAUCAAUGACUGUUCCAGAACUUUGGUUUCUUAAUGAAUCUCUGAUAUACCACAGUCAACUACCGAGUUACUCAAGCUACUAUUUGCGAUGUUAUCCCGUUUUUAUUGCGUUCCUGCCCUUCUUCAAUAGUCUGGACACCACAUAUCCCUUGUGGAAAUGCGAAUUCUCCUCCCCUAUUCUUGGCCGAGACGGCCAGCACCCUCGCAGACACCGAGCGCAAAUCCUUCAUGCGGAAGAGGAACAUCGAACAUCGACCCUAUUGUCUCUCCCGCCAAGUACAUCUCGCACAUGGACUCCUCCUACGGCUCCGACGCCAUCACCAACCCAUCAUGAUACAUCCCUAAUCGACUUCUCAACUCGACUGGCACCUCAAACUCAGUCUCCUUUGGAAUCAGCCCCAAUUCAGCCAACUCCUCAUCAAUCACAUCUGGCCUCUCAUCAAGUAUCUUCUUCAACGCUCUCGCUUUGUCUGUAACAUCCUCAAUGCUCACAAUCAUAUCCUGCGCCCACUCUUUAAUCAACCCAGCUGGUAUCCCAAUCUGAAUACUGCGAUAGUUCAGACUAUGCAGCCGCACCGUCCGCUCGGGAUCCCACUGGAUCUUGACGUCAAGCGACUGUAACCUGUCUCUCCUCUUGCUUUCCCUGGUACUUUCUUUGGGCGCUGCUUCCUCUCCUCUCUCCCCGCUUGUUCGUCCCUGAGCAUCACUUGUCAUUUCCUGCCCCUGUUGUGGCCCUGGACGAGGAGGAGCAGUACCAUGAGUCAAGACUCCCCUUCCCAACAACCCCAGAAAAUCCUCCCGCUUCAUCUUGAUAGCCAAUAUGCGCUCCUGUCCAGGAUCCUUGUAAGAAUAUCCGGAGCGGUAGAGCAUCCAGGCCCAGCUGGGCUUGAUCCAGGUCAUACGGGUGGUGCGAAACUCAGGGGAGGCAUCGAGUCUCUGAUAGGUGACGGCGGCUGUGGCGAUGGUGGAUGGGUAGGCUUGGUAGACUGUGAUUGUUGCGCCAUCCUCCUCCUGGAGGGCGCGGAUUUGUCUAGAGGGAGGCUUGGGGGGGAGGUUCGAGAAAUUCAUUUUGGGUGGUGUGUUUCCAAGUGAAAACCCAACUCCAAGACGCUAGUAGUUUGUCACUUGUAAAAGAAGUAUAGCACUGAUAUCAGAUCUCAAUAGCGCUUGGUGAAAAACUAUGUCUGUGAUGCAGACCAUAAUCAUAUUCGCAACCCCUGAACGACGAAAUUUGGCGUUUGUCUCCAGCUAUUUCUUGGCAUUAAUCUGUUCAGUAACUGUUGCUCUCAUUCCCUCGUUCUGUGUCUGUUCAUUGAAGCUUUGGGUUUCGUGUACACCACAUUAUCACAAUUUAGAUCGAACACAUUGACUGGUCGAUGUUCAUUGCCGUGUCGUCACGUCCCCGUAGGUAGGAGUUCGAGUCCCGCAUUACGGUGGUGAUCUGAAACUGUUAGAGCUCGAUGAACUCUGCCACGCCACAGGCUAGGAAUAACUGAAUCGCUUGAUCUCCCCAAGGCCAAGCAAUUUGAGGCUUUCUGGAUCAUGGACAAUAGACAGCGCGCUU